AUGUCCCCCCCGCGCCCCCUCCCCCGCUGCCCCGGCGCCUUCUUCUCCUACGAGACCACCAAAGCGGUGGUGGUGCGGAGCCGGCGGGUGGGGGUCCUGCACCGCGCCCUCCAGUUCCUCAUCCUCGCCUACUUCAUCGGGUGGGUGUUCCUCCACGAGAAAGCCUACCAGGUGCGGGAAACGGCCAUCGAGUCCUCGGUGGUCACCAAGGUCAAGGGCGUGGGGCACUAUGCCGGGCGGGUGCUGGACACGGCCGACUACGUGACCCCCCCCCCAGUGAUGUCCCCCCAGGGUGCCUCGGUGUUCGUGGUGGUCACCAAGCAGAUCCUGACGGAGAACCAGGUGCAGGGGCAGUGCCCGGAGGGCGACCCCCGGUACCGCUGCACGGCCGAUCAGCACUGCCAGGAGAUGGGCUCUGCCACAGGCAGCGGGAUGCUGACCGGGCGCUGCGUCCCCUUCAACCGCACCCUCCGCACCUGCGAGAUCUGGGGCUGGUGCCCGGCUGAGGUGGACACUGUGGACGUCCCCAUCAUGCUGGAGGCCGAGAACUUCACCCUCCUGAUCAAGAACAGCGUCCGCUUCCCGCUCUUCGGCUUCGAGAAGAACAACCUGCCACCCCCUGGCAGCGGGGGGAACCUGAGCCAGUGCCGCUUCCACCCCCAGGACCAGCCCCUCUGCCCCAUCCUGCGCCUGGGGGACAUCGCCCGCAUGGCCGGGCAGGACUUCCCCACGCUGGCUGCCACCGGGGGGGUGCUGGGCAUCAAGAUCGGGUGGGUGUGUGACCUGGACCUUGGCGGGGAGCACUGCCUGCCCCACUACUCCUUCACCCGCCUGGAUGGACGCGCCCGCGCCCCUGCCUCCGGAUACAACUUCAGGCACGCCCGGUACUACCGCUUGCACAACGGCACCGAGCACCGGACCCUCACCAAGGCCUUCGGCAUCCGCUUCGACGUCCUGGUGUACGGCAACGCUGGGAAGUUCAGUGUCAUCCCCACGCUCAUCAAUGCAGUGGCAGCUUUCACCUCCAUCGGUGUGGGCACGGUGCUGUGCGACAUCAUCCUGCUGAACUGCCUGCAUGGAGCUGAGCACUACAAGGCCCGCAAGUUUGAGGAGGUGCCGGAGGUCGCCGUGCCCGCACCCCCCACCAGCCCCACAGCCAGGACCCCUGAAGCUCUGGGGGGCUGCCCCCGGGACCCCUCCAGUGACUCGGGCACUGGCUCCUUUGGCCUGUAGCACUUGGCACCGUGGGGCAGCCCCACAGCUGCCCCCGCCAUGGGGCACCCCCUCCCCCUGCUGCCAGCAGGGACACUCGGGGCAGAGGGGGUGACGCUGGUGGCUGUGGGGACAAUGCCAUGGGGAUGGCAGCUGGGGCACAGGGCACAGGGUGGCAGGGGGA